GAUUACCCAUCACUCCCCUGAAACGAAUGACCUGUCUCUGGCCUUGGCGUGUAGUGUGGUGCUGCUAGUUGUCAAGUGCUUACUGGCUGUAGGACUUGAGUAACUGCAACAAGCUUUCUGUCGGACUAAACGGCUUAUAAAGUGGGAGCUGUUGCAGCAGAGCUGAGCAACAAUGCUGAAAUGUAGGACUGUAUGGAAAAAGCUUGCACCACUUGCUAGAGCCUCGUCAACUGUGUGCCGGCAGAAUGUGAGAAGAGCAGGGUUGACCAAUGGCAGAAUACCCAUCAGAGUGCCUACGGCUCACAUGUCCACUGGGCCUGCGGGGGGAGGUGGAGACAACUUGAAGUAUGCCCUCCUGGUCGGAUUAGCUGGCAUUGGUGGCUUAACAUAUGCUGUCAAAACUUUGAGGGGAGACCAGAAAAGAUAUGAAGAACGCAUUGCAGAAAUUGAGUCCAGACCACAUAAAGCUACAAAAGGACCAGUCACAGAUGUCCAGACAGCAGCUCCUGCUGCAGAAGCCAGUGAGACUGAUGCUGUCCCUGAACCAGAGCUUGAAGCAGCACCUUCGCCAGAGGAGCCGAGCCCACCGGCUGAGAAUGCAGCACCAGAUGCUGAAGCUGUGGCUCAUGAUGCAGAAGCAGCACCCUCCAGCAAAACAACAGAACCACCUCCAGCAGAUGAACCUGUGGUAGAAGCAUCACCAGAAGAGGCAGCAGCACCAGCUGCUGUACCUGUAGUUGAAGAGGCAGCUGAGCCUGUGGUAGAAGCACCAGUAGAUACAACAGCACCAGCUGCUGAACCUGUAGUUGAAGAGGCAGCACAUGAGCCUGUGGUAGAAGCAUCACCAGUAGAGGCAGCACCACCAGCUGCUAUACCUGUAGUUGAAGAGGAACUACCACCCCCCACUGAGCCAUCCCCAGCAGAGCUUUCAGAGCCAGAGCCAGCCCCAACAUUGGUUGAGGAGAGUGUUACACUAACAGAACCUGCAGCAGCAGCAGAACCCCCUGCAACAGCGCCACCCGAGCCUCAGUCUGAAGUUGUGGCAGAGAGUGCAGUAGACUCCACACCUGCCUCUGCCAAGGUGCCAUCACACGCCCCCUACCUCCUUAUUGGGGGAGGUACUGCCUCUUUCGCUGCAGCCCGGUCUAUUAGAGCCAGAGACCCUGGUGCCAAGGUACUGAUCGUGACUGAUGAGCCAGACCUUCCUUACAUGAGGCCUCCUCUUUCUAAAGAGCUGUGGUUCUCUGAUGAUCCCAGUGUGACGGAAACGCUGCGUUUCAAACAGUGGAAUGGAAAAGAAAGAAGUAUCUACUUCCAGCCUCCAUCAUUCUACAUUAAGCCAGAAGAUUUUGAUAGUGCAGAAAAUGGGGGAGUGGCUGUUCUAACAUGCAGAAAGGUGGUUCACAUGGAUGUGAGGGGAAACAAAGUAAAGUUAGAUGACAAUAUUGAGAUUUCGUACGACAAGUGUUUGGUUGCGACAGGCGGAAUUCCAAGAAAUCUACAGGUCAUUGAAAGAGCAGGAGAAGAAGUGAAGAAGAGGACGACUUUGUUCCGCAAGAUUGAGGACUUCAAAUCACUGGAAAAAGUCUCCAGAAACAUUAACUCCAUCACAAUCAUUGGAGGCGGCUUCCUGGGUAGCGAACUGGCUUGUGCCCUUGGAAGGAGAUCAACUGAGUCUGGAUUGGAGGUGAUACAGAUGUUUCCUGAGAAGGGCAACAUGGGAAAAGUGCUGCCUGAGUAUCUGAGCAACUGGACAACGGAAAAAGUCAAGAGAGAGGGAGUAAAAGUUAUCACAGAAUCAUUGGUGAAAUCUGUCACAUACAAAGAUGAUAAGCUAGAAAUCCAUCUGAAAGAUGGUCGAUUGGUGAAAACAGAUCAUAUUGUGGCAGCUGUUGGCCUGGAACCGAACAUAGACCUUGCUAAGUCUGCAGGUCUGGAGGUGGACUCGGACUUUGGUGGAUAUCGAGUCAAUGCAGAGCUGCAAGCAAGGUCCAAUAUUUGGGUGGCAGGAGAUGCGGCUUGUUUCUAUGACAUCAGAUUGGGCCGGAGACGAGUGGAGCACCACGAUCAUGCCGUUGUGAGUGGAAGACUAGCAGGAGAAAACAUGACAGGAGCCAACAAACCCUACUGGCAUCAGUCUAUGUUCUGGAGUGACCUGGGUCCUGAUGUUGGUUAUGAAGCUAUUGGGAUCGUUGACAGCAGCCUACCAACAGUAGGAGUGUUUGCCAAAGCCACUGCCAAGGACACACCUAAAGCUGCUACUGAGCAGUCAGGGACUGGAAUCCGCUCAGAGAGUGAAACGGAGGACACAGCCACCAGCCCGGUGGCCUCUGCAACACCUCCUCCUGUUGUGGAGCACAAGGACGACUACGGCAAAGGAGUCAUCUUCUACCUGAGAGACAAAGUGGUGGUUGGCAUUAUCCUGUGGAAUGUAUUUAACAGAAUGCCCAUUGCAAGAAAGAUAAUCAAAGAUGGAGAGGAACAUGCAGACCUGAAUGAGGUGGCCAAGUUGUUCAACAUCCAUGAGGAUUAAGAUGGUGGAGGACACUCAGGGGAGCAAGUUAUUCUUCAUACGAAAACUGAACUCUGGCAGUGAUUGCCACUUAAAUUGAGAAACAACUGGUCAUGCAAACCAAAUAGGAGGAUCAAUGUAAAUUCAAUUAUGACUCUGAAAUAUUUUCAUAUUUGUAUCUGCUGCGCUUUAGUUCUUUUUGUCUGUUUUUUUUCUGUUUGAUUUUUAAAUUUCAUUGGGAGAACUCACCGUCUUGUCUUCCUAUCACCACCAUUUGUGUGAUUGUCUCUCUGCUCCCCCCCCCCCCCCCCCCCACCAGGCUGAAAUGUCCCCCUCGGUGUGAUCAGAGCAGCUUGUUCUAUGAAAAGCUGCAAUAAAGGCUAUUUUUAAAUCUGA